AGGUGACGUGUCUACCGGCUCCGUUCCGUUGGAAUGUGCUCAGGAAGCGCCCCGUCGGUGGAUUGAAAGAGGCCAACCGGGUGUGCUUCAGGAUGAAACGCCAGAGGCAUCUAAGCAGUAGCGGCAGUUCGGACAAUGAGAGUCCUUCUACUUCUUUCUCCUCCUGCUUGAAAUACAGGAGCAAGUCCAAGACGGCCGCCAGCGAACCGAAGAAACCCGCCGAGGUGUUCCGGAAGGAUCUCAUCAGCGCCAUGAAGCUGCCCGAUUCCCACCACGUCAAUCCCGAGGAAUAUUACCUCUUCGCGGACACCUGGAAGGAAGAAUGGGAAAAGGGAGUUCAGGUUCCCUCCUGCCCAGCCUCCAUCCCGCAGCCGUCUCUCAGGGUGGUCGCCGAGAAGGUGAAGGACGUCCUGUACAUCCGCCCGCGGAAGUACAUCCACUGCUCCAGCCAGGAGCCCGCGGAGCCCGGCUACAUCAACAUCCUGGAGCUGGCCAAGUCCGUGUGCCGCUACGACCUGGACGACACGGACAUCUUCUGGCUCCAGGAGCUCAACGAGGAGCUCGGCGAGAUGGGCUGCGGGCCGGUGGACGAGAACGCCAUGGAGAAGACGGUGGAGGUUCUGGAGCGGCAGUGCCACGAGAACAUGAACCACGCCAUCGAGACGGAAGAAGGGCUGGGCAUCGAGUACGACGAAGACGUCAUCUGCGACGUGUGCCGCUCGCCCGACAGCGAGGACGGCAACGACAUGGUGUUCUGCGACAAGUGCAACAUCUGCGUCCAUCAGGCCUGUUACGGCAUCCUCAAGGUCCCCGAAGGCAGCUGGCUGUGUCGCACCUGCGUCCUGGGCGUCCAUCCUCAGUGCCUGCUGUGCCCGAAGAGGGGAGGGGCCAUGAAAGCCACCAGGACGGGCACCAAGUGGGCACACGUCAGCUGUGCCCUCUGGAUUCCCGAGGUGAGCAUCGCGUGCCCGGAGAGGAUGGAGCCGAUCACCAAAAUCUCUCACAUCCCGCCAAGCCGCUGGGCGUUGGUCUGCAGUUUGUGCAAGCUGAAGACCGGUGCUUGCAUUCAGUGCUCGGUGAAGAGCUGCAUCACGGCCUUCCACGUGACGUGCGCCUUCGAGCACAGCCUGGAGAUGAAGACCAUCCUGGACGAGGGCGACGAGGUGAAGUUCAAGUCCCACUGCCUGAAGCACAGCAAGAGCAAGCCGGGAGGGCCGGAGGAGGCGGCGGCGGCGGCGGCGGAGGCGGCCCCCCGCGGCCCGCCCGACCCCAAGCAGGCGGAGAGCAAGAAGACCAGCCUGCGGAGCCAGAAGCUGCGCGAGCUGGAGGAGGAGUUCUACGGCCUGGUGCAGGUGGAGCGGGCCGCCGCCGAGGUCCGCCUCCCCAGGCUGGCCGUGGACUUCAUCUACAACUACUGGAAGCUCAAGCGGAAAAGCAAUUCCAACAGGCCCCUCUUCCCCCCCAAGGAGGAGGAGGAGAACGGCUUCGUCCAGCCCAAGGAAGACAGCACGCUCGUCCGCCUCAGGCUCUUCAUGCAUCUCCGACAGGACCUGGAGCGGGUGAGAAACCUCUGCUACAUGGUGAGCAGGAGAGAGAAGCUGAAGUUGGCGCACAGUAAAGUCCACGAGCAGCUCUUCAACCUGCAGGUCCAGCUCAUCAAUCAGGAAAUGGAAGCAGGCCCCGCUUCGCCGGGCGGGCCGGAGAGCGGCCUGUUCUACCCUCCGCCGAGGAUCACCCUGAAGCUCAAGAUGCCCAGACCGGGCCCCGGGGAGAGCCGGACGAACGCCGCCGGGCCCGGGAACGGCCUGCCCGCUCCGGACCACGGGGGCUGCCCCGUCCCCGGGAAGCGGGGGACCCCCCCGCCGGCCAAGGAGCCCCCCGAGGCCCGGGCCUGGCCCCGGCCCGCUCCCGCCGGCCGGCUCAACGGGCUGCCGGGCCAGACGUCGGUGCGCAACGGGAAGCUCCCCCCGGGCCCGCGGCCCCCGGCGCGCCCCAACGGGCUCCGCGCGCCCGGCGGCCGGCGGGACAGCGCCAGCCAGACGGCCCACGAGGCCCGCCGGCCCGCCGGCCCGCCCGGCUUCCGCAGGCCGGCCCCGGACCCCUUCGGCCGCUCCUUCAAGGAGGCGUCCAACAGCCUGGUGAGGAGCGCCGAGGACCUGCGGGCCUGCGAGAAGCCCCCCAAGAGGCUGGGCUCCAGGGAGCGCCUGUGGAGCCAGGACUCCCCGGACCCCGGCGCCGGGGGCGACAACGACGGCUACUGCCCCGACUCGGAGCUGAGCGACUCCGAGGGCGAGCGGGACGGGGGGCGCGGGCGGCCCCGGAGGGGCGGCCCCCCCAGGGAGCCGGGGAGGGACGGGGGCCGCCGGGGCCGGGCGCAGAGGUGACGGGGAAGGCGGCCCGGACCGCCCGACCGUUGCCCGGCGUCCACGGGCCCACCGAGACCCUCCGCCCCGUCCCACCGGGAUGGCGGCGGGGCGGGGGGCCGUUCCGGCUCUCUUUCGGGAGAGGCCUCCCCCCCGUCCCCUCCCCGGCCCGACGGGAACGAGGAUGACCGUCGCGCUAUCCGUCGGGCGCCGACCCGAGCGGACGCGGUCCCCCUCCGACCCGGGAUUCCCCGUCUCCGUUUCGCGGAAGAGGGAGCCGGGGCCCGGAGAGGCGAGGCCCCCCAGCCAACCCCAGCUCUCACCCGAGGAUCGGAACCCACGACCUUCUGACUCCGGGCCCGGGAUCUACCCACGAGGCCGCCGUCGGGGGAGCCUACCGAGCGCCGCGGGGCUCGGCCUAGGGAGGAAGACGAGGGUCCCGGGGGGGAUUAACACUCCCGACAGCGGAGUCCGGGCCGCCUCGACUCGGCCGCCGGGCCCGGGGGUGACCCGGGUCCCGACCCUCCGACCUCCACGGGGGUCUGUCUCUCCCACUCCCCCCGGGCACCGCUCGGUACGCAGCCCGGCCUCGGGCCUUCCCGUCCGGAUCCCGGAGCCCGCUUCCCGCCUGUGGCGUUUACACGUGUUUCCGGGCGACGAGGCAGGAGGUCGCCCCGACGUUCAGGCGAUCGCGGAUUUAUCCCGGAUAAAUCCAGGAGGGGACGGGAACGGGGCCGGCGGCGGGUCGAUGUUUUUCCAACUCCUCCUUGGGUCCCACGUUCCCUCGGCGUUCCGAGCGCGAUCGCGUGGCCCAGCCGGCUUCGAGGCUGACGUUCCCCCCCGCCGCCGAGGCCCUGAACCCCGAGCGGUGUAUUUGUUCUCCCCUUCCCGGAUUAUCGGGGGGUCCCGUCAGGUGGAAGGAGCGGGGAACGGCGCUGCUGACCGGCGUCGGGCCCGGAGGAGAGAGGAGGCGACCGGUCCCUCGCCUUAUCGGAGGGGCCGGGGCGGCUGCGGCGACCUCCCCCGGGAGAGGGUCUCGGCGGGUUUCCGGGGGGUCGGCCCGGCUGUUCCAAUUCCCCCGGUUCUCCCGGUCCCUCUUUCUCCCCGGGCUUCUUCCGGAUGUAAAUAUACCCUAGUUGGGGCAGGGGGCGGGGGGCCUGGGUUUCGUAUAUUUUUCUUUAAAGAAAGAUGCUUUGUAUUCCCGAAUCAUGCAACUUCCCUUCCUCCACCAGCUCAAAGGGCUGCAUCUCGCCUCCUCCUCCUCCUCCUCCUCGUCCCCCUCGGUGCGCAGGGGGAUGACCCGAAUGGGAAGGACGGGUCCCAGAGAACGGUGCCGGGAGAGGCGGAGGAGGCGUGGGGGGCUCUGCCCGUGACCCCCCGACGCGGCCCCGGCCGUUGGGGAGCCUCUCCGCUCAAUCGUUUUGAUAUUUUUUACAGGAUUUUGCUAGGUAAAUGAAGGAGCCUUUAGUUCCGUAGCUCGCAGGCGUCGUCCCCAGAUGUAGUCGCUGAUUUUUACCGGAUGUGUUGGUGGUUAAUUGUCGUUGGAAGUAUUACCUCUUAAUCUCAUGGGUUCGAUUUUUUUGUUUGUUUUGGUUUGGCGUUUUGUUUUAUAUAUAAAUAUAUAUAUAUAUACAUAUAUAUAUUCAAUUUUCCAGGAAGAAAUUGGUCUUUUUCAAACGUCUCCUUUUUACGAGUACUUUUUCAUUAAAUUAUGAAACUGCUAACA